ACCAGUAAAUGAAAUAAUUUUAGGCAUUUAUUUAAGCACCAAAGCAAAAACUGAAGCCUUUAAAAAUAUGAAUUUUGUCAAAUAGAAACAGAAUUGUCAGCAUUUUAAACUAAAUACAAAUUUUAAAGUGCUGAAUUUAGGCUGACAGGUUUCUAUGGUUACCUACCUUUCCAAUAGUUUGGUGAGAUGUGUAAAUAGGCCUGUGAGUCACUAGUAAUUAUUUGGGUUUUGUUUGUUAUAGUUGUAAUUCUCUGUUCAGUUUGAAUCUAAUACAGUUCAUACCACAUGCUUUGGUUUAUGUAUAUUUUAGUGUGUAUGAUUGACAGUGAUUGAGCAUUUCUUAUGGAGUGCUUGGUUUUUUUGUCAUAAGUGAUGUAUGUUGGUACUUCUGAAAAUGUAAACAACUUCUUCCUGUAUCACUGUUUGAGAAACAGAUUUUUAUGCUAAAAAGAGGUCUUUGUAAAUGUUAAGCAAGGAGAUAAGUGAAAGGUGUUUAAAAACAUUUAAAACAUCUCCCAAACAUUAUACUCUACUCUUCCAAAUUUGAUCCAUAAUUCUAUCAUUAUAAUUCACUCAGUGACCCAAAUGUCACAUAUUUAUGAAUAAGCUUCCAAGUUACGCAUAAAUAGCACAUGGUAAUGACUGACGGGUUUAAAAAUAAAUGUUUUAAUCAGGAUGCUACAAGUUAUCUGCAGCAAGCUCUUGAUUAGACAUCUUCUUGUGCAGAGCAUUUUCUUGAAAUAAAAAUAAGAGCUUAUUUCUACCACCGCCACAGCAGUUUAGCAGAAAAAGCUGUGAGCUCUCAGACCUCUGUGCUCCUGUAUUUUGAAAUCUGGAUUACAGGAUGUAAUUCCCCAGCCUUAGACUCAUCACUCUAGCAAAGGAUGCACACUUGUUUUCUCAGUAAACACUUACUGUCCUAACAGAACUUGUGUUUUCAGGUGAAAACAGGACAAUACACGUAAUUAACAACUUUUAACACAAGGCAAGAAAUACUACUAGUUGUCAAUUUUACCAAAUGAGUAGUAAUGUAAUCUUAUUUUAUUAAGGUAUUCAUCCCAAAGUUGUUGGCCACGUGGACUUUUUUCCUUAAUUUUGAGAUAAGACUGACCUAUGAUUCAGAAAUCAUCUUGUGUCCUUAGAGAUUUGGCUGUAGAUGCAUGGAAAAUACUGCAGGAAAAGGACUGACUGCCUGUUCUCUUCCCUUGUGUCAAGCUACACAGAAUGUGCUGAUACAAUGUACAGGAGCAUUCCUAAAUUUCCUAUGCAAAGAUUACUCUUACUUCAGCAAUGUUGCUUGCCUACUGAAAGGGUGGAAAACCUUUUAAGGAUUUUAUGGUGAUCCAGACAUAUUUUUUUCCUUUCAAGUGGAAAUUUUAGAGGUUAAAGCAGGAUUUAUUUUUCACAUUUAAUAUUGUGUCAGGCAUGUGCACAGGACAUAACCAUGCCAGUUGGAAAACAGUUGUUUCACAGAGCACCUGAAAAGAUUUUAACCCAGCAGGAUUCAGUGAAUGUUAGAGCUGUGGGUGCGUGGAUAUAAACAAUUGGAUUUGGUAUUGUGAUGUACAUAAGGAACAGCUUAUUUUUUUUUAAUCUGAAACAAGUGCUAUUUUUAAAACUAACUUGUUCCAAUAGUUGUUUCUUCCCUACAAAAUCAAAAUCAUGAAGCCAAUAACUAGUCUUUCAAGCAAAAGUAAUUUCUCUGAUAUUUUAAAAAAUCUAAAGAUAAAUAGAAAAUGCUUGGAAAAUGUAUUUAAAUAGGGAAGCCUGAACAGAUAUGUUUCUCAUUCUAAUUUAUUCAUUUUAUGAUAAAUUAAUUUACUCAAUAAAGGAAUGCAGUAACAUAAGAGGAAUGUUUCUCCUGCUAGUCAGAGAAGUUGAAACUUGCCAGAUGCUGUGAUCUGGAGCCUAAAUUCCCUUGAUAGUACUGUGAUUGAAACCCUUAAUAUUGCUUUGUGCAGCUUUUGUACUGGACUUAUCUCAUUUUGCAGUGAUACUGCUUUAGACAACACUGUCUUUUUAUUUUCUUCUUGCGUUUUUCUGUCAGAGAGGGAAGAUGUAGUAGAAAUAACAGUGGGAAGGAAGGCUGUGCUGGAGGACUGCGAUGCUCUGUUCCCUGUGUCUGUACAGUUUGAUCCCCUGUUCUGUAAUAAACAAUUCAUUUCCUUUGCUGUAGUAAUGAAUAUCACUCAGCUAUAGUUAGAUUGUACUCUGUAUUUUUUAAGUCCUAUAAUCAAAGGGAGAAGUACUGUUUAAUGAUACCGGAAUUUUACUCAGUUAGUUAAUUUAUUUUUUACACUGCCUUGGUGUGACUCUGUGUGUUUGUGUGCAUACAUACGGUUGAGCAGUUCUGUAACUGCUCAACUGGUCAGAGGAGAUUUUAAGGAUAUAAUACUUAUUUUUUCUUCUUGUUUGUUGAAGUUGCACUGUCAGUUGCUGCUGAUAAAAGGUGGCAUCAAGCCAGCUUCCUGAAGGAGCUAUGGGGAGGGUCAUGGCUUGUCAUGACCUGGGCACCGGUACUUGAAUGUUGUUAUUAUUGGGAUGAAGUACCCUUAGGCUGUCAUCCUUCCUGUAAAUAGAAGGGGUUCUGAGUCUCUGUGGUUUCCCAGUUUACCAACUUGCAGAACAGCUAUUUUGUUGGCCCCAAGUUUGACUGAAUAAUGAAUUAGAAGCACAGCACUAUUCCAGAAGGCACUGAUUCAUCAUUUUAGUCUGUUAGUCUAGACUAAAUCAUAGUAGGUAAAGCAAAACAAAAUCUGUUUCCAUAUAGUUUAUAAACUUACAAACUCAUUUAUAUUGGCAUGUAGCCAACAAAUUGCCCGGUUCCACUCUGCAUGAAGUAAGGGCAGAAUUGUAAUUAGCAAGGAGCAUAACUGAGGGCCAAAGCAGACUUUUUCAGUGACACGGGGCAGUCACAGUGGUGCUGGCACAGGGGCUGACUCUUCUCCCCCGGAGUCCGUCGCUGUUCGACCAUUGCUGUGCUUCGUUGCCUCUUAGGAGAGUAACAAGAACAGUUCUAUUAAUGCUUCUAUUAACUAAACAAAUUCUGUCAUUAAUUUCCAGAAAAAUUAAAUAAAACCAUAGCAGUUAGAAUAUAAUGUUUGCAAGAUACUGGCCUGUGUUUCGGUUUAUCAGGGUAGGGUCACAAGCAUGCUGUUGAAGUUUUCACCAGUGUGUUGCUGUUGUAACUGAAGUCACAUCUAUCCUGAUGAAUAUUUCAUUUCCCCAAUCAUGCUGUUAAAAACAGAGUGUUUUUACCCUUUCAUGUCUGCUUUCUCUUUUCCAGUACCAUCGUGACAGCUGUGGCUGCGUCCUGUUUACAAAUUGCUGCUAGUCACAUUUUCAGUAGUCCUGAUGGGUUUUGCUUUCCCCUAAUACAUCCAAUUAGGAGGAAAUAUUUCUCACAAGCAGGGACUUGCUCUUCUCCUUGUAAUGACAUAGUUCUGCAAUCCAGGAAACAGUCCUGCAUGGUGUCCAUGUCCACGAUUUCCUGAUGUGGGAAAAACGUGUGGAAAGCAUCUGGAGAGGAGGAGACCCCCUUUACCAGCUUGUUUCCUGUUCUGUGACUGGCUGCCACAUCAUCUUUUCUUUGUGCAAUCAUAACUACCUGCACAGGCACUCAAGCAAUCAUCAGCAAAGAUGCUUCUUCUUUCAGGGACAAAGAAAUGCUGCUUAUAGCGUAGUUUGGCCAGCCAUGGUUUCUCCAGCUCACCAAGUUCCUAAGCACAUAAAGAAGCCAGACUAUGUGACGACAGGCGUUGUACCAGACUGGGGAGACGACAUAGAAAUUAAGAAUGAAGAUCAGAUUCAAGGGCUUCGUCAAGCCUGUCAGUUGGCCCGUCAUGUCCUGCUUCUGGCUGGAAAGGGCUUAAAGGUUGGCAUGACAACUGAAGAAAUAGAUUCCAUUGUUCAUCAUGAAAUAAUCAGACGGAAUGCCUAUCCAUCACCUCUAGGCUAUGGAGGUUUUCCAAAAUCUGUUUGUACCUCUGUAAACAACGUGGUAUGUCAUGGUAUUCCUGACAGUCGACCUCUUCAGGAUGGAGAUAUUAUCAACAUUGAUGUCACGGUGUAUUACAAUGGCUACCAUGGUGACACUUCUGAAACCUUUUUGGUGGGCAAUGUGGAUAAAUCUGGUGAAAAGUUAGUGGAUGUUGCCAGGAAAUGUAGAGAUGAAGCAAUUGCAGCUUGCAGACCAGGGGCUCCCUUCUCUGUAAUUGGAAACACAAUCAGCUCCCUGGCAUGGCAAGGUGGCUUCCAGGUCUGUCCCUUCUUCGUCGGCCACGGCAUCGGGUCGUACUUUCACGGGCACCCCGAAGUGUGGCACCACGCCAAUGACAGUGAUUUGUUAAUGGAAGAGGGAAUGGCGUUCACAAUAGGCAGAGACUCUGCCAGCACACUUAAUUUGAGGAGGGUGAGAAGGAUGCGAUCGUGUCCCCGAAGCAGAGCAGCCUGGUGGCACUUAGUCAUUUGCUGCCUUCUCGAGCUGCUGUUGGGUUUAGGGACUGCGGCGGCGGUAACCAGCCGGAGCCUCGCCCCGCAGACUGAUGGUGCUCACUUCCAGUCGUGGAGAAGUGCUGGGGGAAAAGCCUUCGUUCUCACUGUGUGGCUAAAUGGCACGGCAAUUAGAAGGAAAUAAGAAAAUUGUUGUUUUGCUGAUUUAAUGAACAUUUUAAGCCUGUUUAAAAAAUUCAAAUAUUUAAAACUAUCUGUUGUUUAUAAAUGUGGUUGGUGCUUUGGUUAUUAUCCACACGGUCUUAAUUAAAGCUUGAUUAAAAUUCCAUGUUUUUACAAAAGAGGAAUGGGCAACUUCCUACCUUGCUAUUUUGUCUUCCUUUUUAGUUCACAUUUUAGUGUAUCAAGAGAAUGCCAGCCCAGGGAGAUGGGACCUGUGUGGAUGGGGAGCUACCUGCUGAGAUACCUCCUGUUCUUGAUUGUUUCAUAAUCCACACAGGAGUGCAACUAACUUUAGAAUACAUUUUGUUUUUCUUGAUACAGAGCCAAUAAUAAUGGAAGGAUCCCCUGAAUUUAAGAUUCUGGAGGACAAAUGGACUGCAAUUUCUGUAGACAAUAAAAGGUGCCUGAUUUUAUUUUUUUGGUAUUUCCUAAGACAUGGAACUCAUCACUGCCAGCCCAAAGAGAUGAUUUUCUAGGCAUGGUGAAUGUGUAUUCCCCCUCAUAACUGCUAAAUGUGAAUUUCAGAUCGGCACAAUUUGAGCAUACCCUGGUGAUUACCUCAGAGGGAGCAGAAAUCCUCACUAAACUGGUGGAAGAAGCCUAAAGAUGGAGCAAGGAGUGGAGAGACUUGCUGUACUUCUGGGAUUUCAAGUUUCACUCGGGACAGGGAAGAGGUUUCUGUAAUUUCUGAGGGGAAUGGCUGUUGCAUAAGUCACUCCAGGGGACAGAAAAAGCAAUUUGAGGUGUUGGCUCUCGACCUUUCUGUGUAUAACCUGGUGAGUAUUUAAUAAAAGUCUUUAGGUUUUUUGUGA